AUGAAGGUAUCGCUGUACAUGAUUCUAAUCUCCAUAUUGCUCAGCAAGCAUUAUGUGCUAUCUCAUAUCAUCAGAAAACGUCAGCUCUUCAGGGAGCAGGUAUUGCCGCAUGCGGGCGGUAAAAUACCGGACUCGGCGUUCCUAACCGACCGACUGGCCCUCAAUCGGCUGCAAAAGGACGGAAUCGCCGUUCCGGAUGGAGUGCUGCUGGAACAGCGUCAGUAUCAGGUGUUUCCGCAUCAGCAUCGCACGGCACGGCCCACGUUCCGCGUGGUGCAAACGCCCGAUAAUCGAUACAUAUCGCCGGAGGGCGAGUAUAGCCACAACACGCUGGCGACAGUCGAUACGACGUACUCGAUUCCGUACUCGGGUGACAAAUUGCUGCACCACGUGCCCAGUUACGUCGUGCCCAAAGCGCCGAAUCUGAAGGAGUUGCGCAUACCGAACUACGCGGUGUUCAAUUUCGAUUACAAAAAGAAGAAACCUUACGCGGGGGGCCCGGCCGGUCUACCGAGGCACCCCUUGCCGCCAUUGGCCACGUUCAACCAUCACCCGCUGAAGCUGGAUGGUCCGUGGCCGCACCAGAGAUUACCUCAAGAUUUUGUCAGCUUCCAUGCAGCUGUAGGUAAUGGGCUGAAUUACCCGCCAGCAGCUCACACACCGGGUGGAGCUACGGUUGGUGACCAUGCAGCAAAAGGAGGGCCGAGCGGCUGGACCAGCGGAUGGAUCCCCACAACCGGUGGUGCAUCGGGAGAGUCGUUUGCAGCGCAACCGGUUGGCAGCUUCGAGGACUACUACAGUCAGCUGGACGAGAAGCACCGUUUCUACCGGAACGCUGGCGAGGUAGCGGCAACGCCCAACGGAGCCAAAGGCCCCAAACGGGGCGCUAUUUUGCAGCGAGGCCGUGAACGUGGUCAUCCGCAACGCCAUCACGCUUAA